CUAUCUGGCAACCCCGGUCUCAGCUCGGCUUCUCUGCUACGUUUGCUCGGCUGUUAGAGACACGGCUGUGAGCCAGAGUGGGAGAUGGACUGAGUGAGGGCGCUCUUUCGACCAGUGCAGCCGAUUUAGCAUUGCAAUACCCAGAAGCUAGGCUGAAAAAUAACUGGCGAUUUCAGGUCGCUGAAUCAACACGAAAACAUAGUGCAGUUAUCAGUCUUUCACAUCCCACUCCAAUCACACUAACACGGCAUUGAUGGUAAUGUAUGCAAGGAAACAACCGAGACUCGGCGAUGGGUGCGACCGAAGAGAUUCUCAGCCCUAUCAGACUCUCAAAUACUCAUCCAAGAGCCAUCCAGGAGGGGACCACCGGCAUGACAAGAUGCGAGACUCUUCAGACGUCACCCCUCCCUGCAAGAUGCUCAGGAGGUCUGACAGCCCUGAAAACAAGCACAUCGACAGCACGGGACACAGUAGAGCAAAGGGUGUCCACACGCACCGCGCCAGAGACAGGGAUGGAGGGACCAGUUAUUCUCCACAGGAAAAUUCUCACAAUCACAGUUCCCUUCAUAGCUCCAACUCGCAUUCUAACCCCAGCAAGACCUCAGACACACCUUAUGAACCUGGUGAUGACUGGUCAGAGCACAUCAGUUCCUCUGGAAAGAAAUACUAUUACAACUGCAGGACAGAAGUGUCCCAGUGGGAGAAGCCCAAAGAAUGGCUGGAGAGAGAACAGAGGCAAAAAGAGGCAACAAAGACUGCUGUUGUCAACAGUUUCCCAAAGGACAGGGACUACAGAAGGGAGGCUAUGCAAGCAUCGGCAGCCCCUGGCUUUACUGGACCUAAGUCUGCCCAGGUGGAAAAGCCUGCAGCAGCACUUGCCACCCAGUCUCAGUCAUCAUCUGGCUCUGGGAGCUUGAAUCCGUCAUCAGGCCCACCUGGGUCGUCGGCGUCUACAGUACCCGUGUCUCCAGUCCUUCAAUCCCCAGCUCCUCCGCUCCUCCAGGACCCCACCCUGCUUCGACAGCUUCUCCCAGCACUUCAGACUGCCCUGCAGCUCAACAAUGCCAGUGUGGACAUGGCAAAAAUCAACGAAGUUCUCACAGCUGCCGUCACACAAGCUUCAUUACAGUCUAUGCUUCAUAAGAUCCUCACUGCUGGACCGUCAGCUUUCAAUAUCACUACUAUCCUCUCUCAAGCUGCUCAACUAUCCAACCAAGCAGCUCAGCAGUCGAACCAAUCACCAAUGUCAUUAACAUCAGACGCCUCAUCGCCAAGGUCCUAUGUGUCUCCGAGGAUCAGCACACCACAGACCAACGCUGGUCCUCUAAAGCCCCUCCUCAGCACACAGCCUGUCAUCACACAGCCAAAAGUAAGCACGCCAUCAGCAAAGCAGGCAUCUCACCCCCAGCCCACAUCCCAGCAGCCCCUCUCCAGCGAUAAGCAGCACAGUUAUGAUGCGACCACAUCUUCCCCACGCACCCUCCAGCGCCAAGGCAGUCAGAGGAGUCCCUCCCCAGGUCCCAACCACGUCGCCUCCAGCAGCAGCAACGCCUCCAACUCGGCCUCCGCUCCCCCUGCCCCCUCAGCAGCCCGACCCUCCUGCUCCUUCACCCCCACCUUGGCUGCCCACUUCAACGAGAACCUUAUCAAACACGUGCAGGGAUGGCCCGCCGAACACGCAGAGAAGCAGGCAUCAAGACUACGUGAAGAAGCUCACACCAUGGGCAGCAUCUGCAUGUCCGAGAACUGCACCGAGCUCAAAAACCUGCGGUCUUUGGUCAGAGUCUGUGAAAUACAAGCAACAUUGCGUGAGCAGAGGAUACUGUUUCUGAGACAGCAAAUCAAAGAACUUGAAAAGCUGAAGAAUCAGAAUUCUUUUAUGGUCUGAGAACUUCUGAUUUGCAAGUCGGAGCAGGUGUCGGAGAAGAGUGGGGACGGGUGGGGGUGGGGAGACCCAUUGCACAUAGUCGGAAGCUGGAGGGAGAACGGGUUGUUCAAUUUCAAUUCCUCUUGAGCCCAGUCUAAACACACACACACACACACACACACACACACACACACACACACACACACACACACACAGGAGCUGUAGUCAGGUUUGCUUUGGACCGUUGGGCUGGGAAUCCAAGAGGGAGAAAUGAAGAGCUGUUGUGGGAGGAUGAGGGGAAGGGGGGAGGGCAAUUUACAAGACUUUGUUUUGUAAAAACCCGUGGCUGGCGGGUGGACGGGGAGGGGGUGUAGAUUUCUUGUAGAUGUUAUUAUCUAUGUUGUAAAUAUGUUUUGUAGAUUGAAGCCAUGGAAAGCCAUGCCUAUCAAAGCUUUUGACAUCCAGACUAAUCAACGCCUAGGCGGCUACAUUCAUUAGCUAGCCUUUUCCUUCAUGUUAACUGGUCAGCAGACUUUACAGCUUCAUUUUGUCAGUUCAUAGAUCACUGAACCACUGAGCAUGUGUGACCUGCGUGGAAACAGAGGAGGAUGUUUGAAGGCAUUUAUUUACACAGAAGCCUAGCAUAAAGCAUAACACACUGUCGUCGAUGUAGUUUGGGUUUUAUUUUAAUUUUUAAAUUUUUUUUUUUUCUUCAAAUCUACUCUGUCUAGAUUCUCUUCCUUCCACCCUCUCGUGGUGAACUGUAACAUGUACUUAGGCGUGGCAGACAUCCCCUCUGUGUGGGUCUGUGCUUCCAGUGGUUCACUGAUUCGUUUUGCAGCUUUCUGGUGGCCCUGCAUUUCCCAGUCUGAAAAUAAACAGUGCCUGAUGGUGUGAUGAGUGAGUGAUGGGGGGGGGGGAAAAAGACAUGAUGGCGUGCUGCUUUGGACCAUUCCCGCUCCACUCCCCUGGCCUCUGCCCUGCCUCACCUCCUCCUGAGACAUCACAACCCUCCGUUUUUUUUUUCUCCCGCACCCUCCCACUGUUUCUGUUCCUGUUUUUUACAUUCAGGUGUCAUCACUGGUUCAUUCCUUUGUACAGUUGCUAAUAGCAGUGCAGUUUUAAGUAAACAUAAGAAAAGGGUUUAUUUAUAAAGAGUUGUUGUGAUGAGAGCUAAAUCAUGACAAUAUCCACACUUGUUUUGUUUGUUUUUUUUGUUUGGGUUUUUUCUCUAUUCCCAAAAGCACCCAAGGUUAGGAGAUGUAUCACAACUGCGAGCGGGUCAGAGGCAGGCGGGUGGGUGUGUAUGUGGAGCACCUCUUGAGUUAGUGCAGGGUAACAAGAGGUCAAAUGUGAAAUGUAUGUAUUGUAAUAAACAUGUUAAACUAAAGCGAGCACUGGUUAUUUCCUUGGAGUGUUAGGUUUGGUUCAUUUGCUAGUGCCUUGUUGAAAGUCUUAAGCCUCAUUCACCUGUUGAACCCACUUUCUGUUUUUUAAUCCCAACAAGAUUAUCUUCAACAAGCAUGUGACACACACACUCGAUUUUCUGGCACGUCCCCGUCCUCCCCUGCCCUGCUCCCCUCUCGUUUGUUUGCUUCCCACUGUUGAAGAGCAGGGUCCUCAGUUGCAAAGGCCUGUUUAUUUCUCCCACCAUAACUAUCUAUUGAUAAGUGAACUGCACCACACAUUCAGUAAAAGGUGACCACAUCAUUGCUUUGUAUAUUGUUUCCUGAAGUAUAUUGACAAAUGAAAUAAAAUAUGCCUUUCCAGGGC